AUGGAUAGAGAGAAUGCUUCUUCCGUUUCAGGAAAGGAUGACUGGACCGCAGUAUCUGACCCGAGAGAGAAGAAGAGGAUUCAGAACCGAAUCGCGCAACGUGCUCACCGUGAGAAGCUUAAACAGCGUCUUCAAGUUCUUGAGAGUUUGGUCAAAGAGAAGAAAGAAUUGUCCGCCAACGAGCAUGAGCCCCGGGACAAAGACUCGCUCAGCGUACCCACGACCCCAGGACAACGAUCAGUGCCAUCAUCAACAGCGCCUCCUCUCAGCUCAACUAGCAUGUCCAGAGAAUCAAUGUCUCUUUCAGAAGAUCCCUCGUCACAAUACCCAGAAGUCGCCGAGACCAUGUGGCGUUUUCUUGCCCAGACACCGCAGAACCCACCACUAAUCGCCAGCUCAGCCGGGCUCUUCAGUGGGGGAAGGCCAAAUGACAUCCAUAAAGGAUUGGCGCCGGGAUGUUUCGACCGCGGAGAUCCACUGGCUGUGAGGUUUGAUGUCCCCUCAGACCAGAUGCUUGGGAUGAUGGCCCCAGGUGAGAUACCAAGCUGGGGAAACGAUAUCGCUCUCAGUUAUCUCUCCUCCCCACCCGAAACAGAAGCUUUCCAACGUGGUGACUACUCUGACGAGUUCAUGGGUAUUCGCGGUGGCUCCUGCGCUGGGAAGAAUGAACUGAAAACGCCACGGGGACGGGUCGGCUCUAUAGCAAGCACUACGUCUCUUUGCGAGAGGCUGAACUGUCUGAAGCAUUGUGCAAAACUUCUGGGCUUCAGCAGCUUGGAUGCCGUGCUAUCUCUCUACUACACAGCCGACCUGAGCGAGUCACCUGCGCUCUCAAACGAGCAGAGUGCCAGUCGCGAGCGGCGGCUUCCCACUCUGCUCUCCGAGAUCAGAGAGCAUUCCAACAUUUGGAAUAGAUGGGAGCAAUCUGGUUUCAUUGAAGAAAUGCUUAGAGGUGCUGAAUGCUUUUACGCCGAGGAAGUCAAACAAGGGAGGGCUGACUUGGAUGAUCAACUCAUGGGAACUCUCGACGACCCGUUGAUGAUAGAAUCCGUGCCCGAGAUCGCGUGGAUCUUGAGAGACAAGGUCCGUGUUUUACCCAGCCCCCAAGCAUCAUUGCUAUGA